AUGGUUCCGAGCCUGCUGCUCCUCCUCACCGGGCUGUUUAGGGCCACAGAGCCAGCACCCCGCUGUGAAACCGGCCAGGAGACCCUAGGUCAAUGCCAAACUGCACAGAAAGCAAAAUGCGUGGACAUCUCCUUAAGUUCUUGUACAGAUGUUACCUAUACUCAAACAAUGUAUCCUAAUUUCCUGGAUCAGAAGUCUCGAGAAGUGAUUGAGUACAGCUCUGAGUAUAUUCUCAUAAGCGUGCUGCACAACUUGCUGCAAGGAGAAUGCAAUCCAGAUCUGAGGCUCCUGGGGUGCUCAGUGCUGGCCCCACAGUGUGAAAAGGACAAAGUUAUAAAGCCUUGCAGGCAUGUCUGUGAAAACCUGAAAAAAAAUUGCCUCUCUGCUUUUGAUGCAAUAGACAUGGCCUGGCCCUACUUCUUAGACUGUGAUCGUUUUUUUGCUGGGGAAGAAGAAGGAUGUUUUGACCCACUGGCAAAGCUGAGAGGAGAAGUAGUUGUUGAAGAAGAUUUGCCUUCAGACUUGCCAGCUACUUUUAUUCAGUUCAAACAUCACUCAUAUUCCCAAAUGGUGAGCACGUUGAAGAAGACUGCUUCUAGAUGCUCCCAUAUUGCAACAACUUACAGCAUAGGUCGCAGUUUUGAAGGAAAAGACCUUUUUGUGAUUGAGUUUUCAACCAAGCCUGGUCACCAUGAACUACUCAAGCCAGAAUUUAAGUACAUUGGCAAUAUGCAUGGAAAUGAAGUUGUGGGAAAAGAACUGCUGAUAUACCUUGCUCAGUAUCUGUGUUCAGAGUAUCUUCUCGGGAACCCUCGCAUCCAAACUUUGAUCAAUAACACCAGAAUUCAUCUCCUGCCUUCACUCAACCCAGAUGGGUAUGAACUGGCUGCGGAAGAAGGUGCUGGUUACAAUGGAUGGGUGAUUGGCCGGCAGACAGCUCAGAACUUGGACCUGAACAGAAAUUUCCCUGAUCUGACUUCAGAAGCUUAUAGAAGAGCUGGGAUUCGUGGGGCCCGCCUGGACCAUAUCCCCAUUCCACAAUCCUACUGGUGGGGUAAGGUGGCACCUGAGACUAAAGCAGUCAUGAAGUGGAUGAGGUCCAUCCCGUUUGUUCUCUCUGCCAGCCUCCAUGGGGGUGAACUGGUUGUGACUUAUCCUUAUGACUAUUCAAGGCAUCCUAUGGAAGAAAAAGAGUUCUCCCCUACACCUGAUGAGAAGAUGUUUAAAAUGCUGGCAAAAGCCUAUGCUGAUGCACAUCCAGUCAUCUCAGACCGAUCGGAACAUCGCUGUGGUGGAAAUUUUGUAAAACGUGGAGGUAUUAUAAAUGGUGCUGAGUGGUACAGCUUCACUGGAGGUAUGGCAGAUUUUAAUUAUCUUCAUACAAAUUGCUUUGAAGUUACUGUGGAGGUAGGAUGUGAAAAAUUUCCAUUGGAAGAAGAACUGUUUACAAUCUGGCAUGAAAACAGAGAUGCCCUUCUGAACUACAUGGAGAUGGUUCAUCGGGGAAUAAAAGGAAUUGUGUCUGAUAAAUUUGGCAACCCAAUUAAAAAUGCUAGAAUUUCAGUCAGAGGCAUCCAGCAUGAUAUCACCACAGCUGCUGAUGGAGACUACUGGCGACUCCUGCCUCCAGGGACGUAUGUAAUCACUGCCCAAGCCAUGGGCUAUACCAGGGUGAUGAAAAGGGUCACCCUUCCCAUCAAGAUGAAACGGGCUGGACGAGUCGACUUUGUCCUUAGACCCGUUGAGGUUUGGCCUAACAAACUUCUCCGCCAGCCCAUGGAAGGCAUGAAUGACCAGUAUGACCCACUGGAACUGUUUGACCCUCAUGCUCAACAUGCACAGGCUCGGGGAGGGUCACAGCAGGUCAGGGAGAAGCCCUGGUGGUGGUCCUACUUCAGCUCUCUAGGCCUGCAUAAACCUCUCUGGCUGCUUAAACAGCAUUGAAUGGUGCCGUCGUGCUCUGCACACCUUGUUCUGCUGCCCUUCCGCCCAGCUCCAUGCACCCUGAUUGCUCUUAGCAAUAUUUAAAUCUGUGUCA